UAUGUCAAACAGAAACUGGUCGAAUUCAGACGAAAAUGGCUAACAUGAAUCGGAAAAAUGUACUUCUUGUGAUGCUGGUGCUCAUCCUAAAUUGGCAUCAAUUGGAAUCCUCGAAAAUUGCCUAUAAAAAGCCACUCUAUGGCAAGGCCAAUGCGCUUAAAGACAAACGUUUAAAAUGGAAGCCAACUGGAAAGAUUGGCAACGAAUUGGAAGUGACGACGGUUGCAUUAAGCACUACAGAGACAAUGGAUUGGCCAGCGCCAUUGGAAUUUGUCAUAAUAACCACACCAAGGAGUAAUCCCCUAGCGACAACAACAAUGCAGGAGAUGGAAAUAGACUCGGAAGAGAGUAGUAGUUCAAAUGUCUUGACCAGCGAGAGUACGACUCCCAGUGACGGCAGCGUAACUACCGCCCCCGCUUCAUUCACCUCAAGUCUGGAUAAUACUUUGCCACUUCCACCCACACCUGCACCUGCGGAGACAGGUGACUCACCCAGCAAUCAGCCUGUUCCCUGCACCUGCGGUGUCUUCUUGUCCUCUCAAAUCCCAAAUGGUUUGCCGGAAACUCCACUUAUAAUGAACGAACUUGAUCGCAUGUAUCCAUGCAAUGCGAUCGGACGGAAACAAUGCCAGACUAAGUGCCUCGAAGCGAUUGUUCAACAUUUACCCAAUUCGGCAAGUAUUGUGUGCUCGGCAUUGGGUCACGAUUGCCACAAGGAACGUGCAUAUUUGUUUAUUAAAAACUGCCAUAACCAAUGGGUAAAUACGAAUUUGCAGGCCGGCCGUGAAUAUUGUUGUAGAAAUGGUUUACCCUAUCGCUGUCCACUAUUGGGUUGACACGUAAAAAGGAGUAUUAGAAUUGCACGCAAAAUAAACUUUUAAAAAUGAAAA